GCUGGGAAAAAAGUUACUAAACCACACCCUCUUCUCUGACUGUAGGCACAGACGUAGAGUGGUUCGAGAACGGAACGACGGAUAAAGGAAGUUGGGGACAUGAUAACAAUAAUGCAUCUAUCAUGACGCUUUUUGGACAUCGGUAAUAACAACGAGCUUGUCGGAGCUUGGCACUAAAGUAUCGUUACGCACGACGGACAAUACAUGAUUUGUUUCCGGUGUGCGGUUCUCUUUAAAAAAAAAAAAGUAGACUCAGAAGCAGGAUCGUGCAGUUCUUCCUGUUGCCAACUCGGUGGAUAUAAAGUUCUUAUGGAAUAUACCGACUUGUACAAUUGAGACAUUGUAUAUCACCACCGGGCGAGACAGCAAAUAUGCAUACAGUUGGGCAAACGGAUGUGAGAUUUGUUGACAGAACGCAUAGAAGUUUCGUCCAGAUACCGUUGGUCGUGCUGUGGGUUUAGGGCGAGUUGGUCAGCUUUGAAAUUUGCGGUAAAGCACGGGGUUCGCCUGACUGAACGCUCCUUUCCUGCUAUUCUUCUCGUCUUUUCAGCGCUUCCUGCUUAUGACGGCCACGGCACUUAAUGGCUAAAAAUACAGACAGCUCUAAAUGGACAACUAAAUGGAGUUGAGCUCUUUUGUUGAGGUUAUUAUUGUCCAAUGUUCUGUAUAUUUUACAACCACCUGAUGCUAAUUUUAGUGACUGAUCCAUCCAGUUCUCUUCACAGUCUUAGUUUUGUUAUAAUGGAAUAAGUUCCCCUUUAUUUCAAAUUCCAAUCUCAGCACAUACUCAUUGGUUAAUAUGUGACUGUGUGGUAUAAUAAUAGAGUAAUUAAGUGAGCUAUGUGCUCAAACCACACAUUGAAACACCACAUAAGUUAGGUAUCAACUUGCUUUAUGGAGACAACUCUGCCAUUUUACAAAUUGGAACACUUUGGCAGAACUGGUCACAUCCAUGGCCUUUGUUUGAUCGUUGCCAGCUCCAAUGGAAACAUAAGCAGUCCAUGUCGAGUCGUAUGAGAGGCGCUUUUUAUCCUGUUAUCUUUGAACACUGUUGUGUUUCUGUUGGCCAGGCCUUCGAACGCAUUUCACGGGUCCCUGAUGAACCAACUAGACACAGAGGAACGGGAGAGUGGUGCAAUAAAGUACUCUAUUGUGCUUUAUUUUGGAAAAUCUAACCCAGUGUCUGAGCAUUUGCUCAUUGCGGCUCCAUGGAGCCGCUGAAGACCAUUUUUACCCGCGGCCCACUGUCAAACUGGAAAGGUUUGGAUCAAUCGCAAAAAGGGAACUUCACCAAUACUGUGUGGACGGCUUUAUUCGACUAUGAGGCGUCCGGUAAAGACGAGCUCACCCUCCACAAAGGUGACCUGGUGGAAGUCCUGUCGCUGGACUCUGAGAUAUCCGGUGACGAGGGCUGGUGGGCGGGCAAGGUCAACAACAAAGUGGGCAUCUUCCCCUCAAACUACGUGUCCUUCAAGCCCCCUUCAUAUGGGAAACUGCAGGGCACUGGGGUCGGGGAGCUUGGACCAGCCGUGGUGGGGGAGUUCGAACCCGAGGCUGUGGAUUUCAGGGAGCUGAGCCUCGAGGAGGUCAUUGGGGUCGGAGGCUUCGGCAAGGUGUAUCGCGGUACGUGGAGAGGUGGGCUGGUGGCCGUGAAGGCGGCCCGCCAGGACCCGGACGAGGACAUCAGCGUGACGGCCCAGAACGUGCGUCAGGAGGCCCGGCUGUUUGCCAUGCUCACUCACCCCAACAUCAUCGCCCUCAAAGGGGUUUGCUUACGGGAACCCAACUUGUGCCUCAUCAUGGAGUACGCAUCCGGUGGCGCACUGAGCCGAGCACUGGCCGGGCGGCGCAUCCCGCCGCACGUCCUGGUCAACUGGGCGGUGCAGAUCGCCAGGGGCAUGCUCUACCUGCACACGGAGGCCAUUGUUCCUGUCAUCCACCGUGACCUUAAGUCUAACAACAUCCUCCUGGCCCAGCCUAUGGAGAAUGAUUGUAUGGAAGGGAUAACCCUGAAGAUCACAGACUUUGGCCUGGCGCGGGAGUGGCACAAUACCACCAAGAUGAGCACGGCGGGCACUUACGCCUGGAUGGCGCCGGAGGUCAUCAAGUCCUCCACCUUCUCCAAGGGCAGCGACGUCUGGAGCUAUGGUGUUCUUCUGUGGGAGUUGCUGACAGGAGAGGUUCCCUACAGGGGCAUAGAUGGUUUGGCUGUGGCCUACGGAGUGGCUGUUAACAAACUCACCCUCCCCAUCCCCUCCACCUGCCCAGAACCCUUUGCCAUGCUCAUGGCAGAGUGCUGGGAUCAGGACCCACACCACAGGCCCAACUUUGCCUCUAUCUUGGUUCAGCUGACGGCUUUGGAGAGGCAGGUGGUGGAGGAGAUGCCUCAGGACUCCUUUCAUUCCCUACAGGAGGACUGGAAACUGGAGAUCCAGGACAUGUUUGAUGAGCUCCGGGCCAAGGAGAAGGAGCUGCGUUGUCGCGAGGAGGAGCUGAAGCGCGCGGCGGUGGAGCAGAAGUCCCACGAGGAGUUCCUCAGGCAGAGGGAGCAGCAGCUGGCCCAGUGGGAGCAGGAUGUGUUCGAGAGGGAGCUCAGUCUCCUCAUCCUGCACAUGAACAACCAGGAGAAGCCCAACGUCAAGAAGAGGAAGGGAACCUUCAAGAAGCACAAGUUGAAGGGCAGUAAGAACGGAGAGAAGAUCAGCAUGCCCCAAGACUUCAUCCAUAAGAUCACAGUGCAGGCGUCUCCAGGGCUGGAGAAGAGACGCAACUCUCCCGAUCUGGGCUCCGGCACCUCUCCCUCCUUCGGCCCACGCUUCCGAGCAAUCCAACUGAGCCCCAGUGAGAACAACAGGGCAUUUGGUCUGAGCUCUAUGUGGCCCCUGGAGGGCCCUCCACACAACAAGCAGGCUAAUGGGGACCGGCUGGGCCCUCACUGGAGGCCCCAGAGCCCCAAGAGCCCCAAAGUCCUUCGCUUAAGCCCCCAGGAGAGCAGUCUUUCAAUGAGAGCCAAACUCCUGGAUAUGGACAGCAAUGAGAACGGAGACUCCAAGGAUGACUUUGAGGAGUACAGACCCUCCACGCCACAGCCUGCCCAAAACGGCUCCUCAGUGAAGGAGCCCCCCAGGCCUUCUCUAUCUCAUGGGGAUUCGGGCAGUGAGGAGGGGCUGGAGGGGAGUUCCCCGGCUGGUUCCCCAAGGCCCGAGCACCGCUCCCUGGGAGGCCUGCUGAGGAGCACCCACCGGGCCCUACUGGGAGGAGGCUCUCUCCUGGCCUCUGUGGCCCUGGGACGACACUUGGACGUGCCACACAUCCCCCCCAGGGUGCCCCCCCGGACUAACCCCCACCACCACCCCCCACAGGAGGUCAACAUCACGGCCCCCAAAGUCCCCUCCUCGGACCCCCUGUGGUGGAUGACCUUAUAACCUUCUCCAGCUCGGAGCCCUUACCCCGGCCCCUCUUUGACUUCCCCUGCGCCCUGCACGCCCCUGAGGUGAAGCCCCUGCCCCUCACGCCGCCUCCCCCUAACCCCCGGGAAAGGGCCUGCCACAGGCAUGCCCAGGCCC